UUAUUUUCUAACGUACUUAAACUCAAGAUAGGUUAUAUUGUGGUGUUUUAUGUUUAAAAGUGUAACGAGAAGGAUAAGAAGAAAUGUCCAGAAAAAAGCAUAACGUUUCGUAUAUUAAACCAAACGAACCGAAAUUUUUACGCGAAUUAAAAGAACAAGUUGGUUAUAAAGAAGGGCCUACAGUUGACACAAAGAGAGAAGUAUUACCUCAAGAUUCAGACGAUGAUAAAGAUGAACGUGAAGAAGAGAAGCCUAUUGUGGUUGUAUUAAAAUCUGGUGAUUUAACUGCAGAAGAAGCAGAAGUAUUUCAAAAACAAAAAGAAGAAGAAGAAGCCAAUGCUCCAGCAGAUUUAUCUAAACGAAUUAUAUUUAGAAAAAAUAAAGUAGUGGAAGGAGAAUCAGAUACUGCGGAUAAGCCAGUGAAAAAGAAGAUAAAAAAAACAAAACAAGAAAAGGCUAUAUUGUCUUUUAAUGAUAAUGAUGAUGACUAUCUUUAGUAUUUGCAAAUAUGUAUUUAAGUAUUUUUUAAAU